GCACUCCGCCCUCCGCUCCUCCCGCACGGCAGCCGCGGAGGUCGCUUCAGCCUUUCCCUCCCGCUGUCCCCGCCGCGCCAUGGAGAAGAGCUCGAGCUGCGAGAGUCUCGACUCUCAGCCGGCGGCGGCUCGGCCGCCCAGCGUGGACUCCCUGUCCAGUGCCUCCACUUCUCAUUCAGAGAAUUCAGUGCAUACAAAAUCAGCUUCUGUUGUAUCGUCAGAUUCCAUUUCAACUUCUGCAGACAACUUUUCUCCUGACUUAAGGGUCCUGAGGGAGUCAAACAAAUUAGCAGAAAUGGAAGAACCACCCUUGCUUCCAGGAGAAAAUAUUAAAGACAUGGCCAAAGAUGUAACUUAUAUAUGUCCAUUCACUGGUGCUGUACGAGGAACUUUGACAGUCACGAAUUACAGGUUAUAUUUCAAAAGCAUGGAACGGGACCCCCCAUUUGUUUUAGAUGCUUCUCUUGGUGUGAUAAGUAGAGUAGAAAAAAUUGGUGGUGCUUCAAGUCGAGGUGAAAAUUCUUAUGGACUAGAAACUGUGUGCAAGGAUAUUAGGAAUUUACGAUUUGCUCAUAAACCUGAGGGACGAACAAGAAGAUCUAUAUUUGAGAAUCUAAUGAAAUAUGCAUUUCCUGUCUCUAAUAGCCUGCCUCUUUUUGCUUUUGAAUACAAAGAAGUUUUCCCUGAAAAUGGGUGGAAGCUAUAUGACCCUCUUUUAGAGUACAGAAGGCAGGGAAUUCCAAAUGAAAGCUGGAGAAUAACAAAGAUAAAUGAACGAUAUGAACUUUGUGAUACAUACCCUGCCCUCUUGGUUGUGCCAGCAAAUAUUCCUGAUGAAGAAUUAAAGAGAGUGGCAUCCUUCAGAUCAAGGGGCCGUAUCCCAGCAAAGGGUGGAGGUUAUGAAAGUGAAGAUGCCUAUCAAAAUGCAGAACUAAUUUUUUUGGAUAUCCACAAUAUUCAUGUUAUGAGAGAAUCAUUACGAAAACUUAAGGAGAUUGUAUAUCCCAACAUUGAAGAAACUCACUGGUUGUCUAACUUGGAAUCUACUCACUGGCUAGAACAUAUUAAGCUUAUUCUUGCAGGGGCUCUUAGGAUUGCUGACAAAGUAGAGUCGGGGAAGACGUCUGUGGUAGUACACUGCAGUGAUGGUUGGGAUCGCACAGCUCAGCUAACUUCCCUUGCCAUGCUCAUGUUGGAUGGCUACUAUCGAACCAUCCGAGGAUUUGAAGUCCUUGUGGAGAAAGAGUGGCUGAGCUUUGGACAUCGAUUUCAACUAAGAGUGGGCCACGGAGAUAAGAAUCAUGCAGAUGCAGACAGAUCUCCUGUUUUUCUUCAGUUCAUUGACUGUGUCUGGCAAAUGACAAGACAGUUUCCUACCGCAUUUGAAUUCAAUGAAUAUUUUCUCAUUACCAUUUUGGACCACCUGUACAGCUGUUUAUUCGGAACAUUCCUCUGCAACAGCGAACAGCAGAGAGGAAAAGAGAAUCUUCCUAAAAGGACCGUGUCACUGUGGUCUUACAUAAAUAGCCAGCUGGAAGACUUCACUAAUCCUCUCUAUGGGAGCUAUUCCAAUCAUGUCCUUUAUCCAGUAGCCAGCAUGCGCCACCUAGAGCUCUGGGUGGGAUAUUACAUAAGGUGGAAUCCACGGAUGAAACCACAGGAACCUAUUCACAACAGAUAUAAAGAACUUCUUGCUAAACGAGCAGAGCUUCAGAAAAAAGUAGAGGAACUACAGAGAGAGAUUACCAACCGAUCAACCUCAUCCUCAGAGAGAGCCAGCUCUCCUGCACAGUGUGUCACUCCUGUCCAAACUGUUGUAUGAAAGGACUAUUAGAUUGGGGGCAUCAUUGCUAUGAACUCUUGACUACAGUGGCACCUUUAUAAGUAGCAAGUCUUCCGAAGUUAGAACCCAUCUAUGAGAGAAAGAUCAGGCGCUUUAUUUAUUUUAAAUCUCUCUGGAGUGAGUUUAGAACUGUAGCAGUGCAGGUGACUUAAGUGAAAUAACUCCGUAUGUAAUCCCAUGACUAUGACACUAAUCAUAAGUCACCCAAAGAAUAUUAAAAUACUUCAGUACUGGAUCCAUGGUGGGAAUAAGUUUCUAAUAUUAAAAGAAAAAUGCUGUCUUAUAAAUUGUGGCAUCUGGUAAAAUCAAAACACAAACCACUUUAGAAAUAAACCUCCUGAUGGGAGAGAGCUCAUUGCUCAGAGGAGCAUCAGUUUUCAAGCCAAAUGCUGAAAUUCUGUGGUAUCAUAUAUGUAUAUUGGGCCUUGAUGUCAUCACAGAUCAAAAUCAUUUGAUAUCCCUUUCUCCAUUAUAGGAUUUUCUUUUUUGUAGUAACUGAUUUACCUUCAUUACCUUUCCACCUUCACAUUCUUUGUAUAGUGAAAGGCAAAGUCUUGAGGAUAUUAUGGUGUAGUAGUAGUUGACCAUUAUUGCUAUCAUUAUUUAUAUACUUAUUUAAUUUGUUUUAGCUAUUUCAAAAUGCCUUAUAGUUAUGCUUGGGGAAGGAUGAAGGGGAGAAAGAGGUAGACAUGCAGGAGUUCAAAGAAUCCCAUACAUUUCACAUUAGCUUCCAUUUGUCUAGUUACCUGAAACAUUAUGGAAGAUAUUUUAAAAACUCAGCUCACGUAAUUUUUUUUUUUUUUUGUCUGAACAUACUGAAGCUAAUGGGCAAGUUUUUAGGCAAUAUUUUAAAAAUCUUACUAGGGUUGGCUUUUUUUCUGAAGUCUAUAUAAUUAGCUUAUGGUGAGAAGUAUUAUGCUCAAAUUUUACAAGAAAUAUUUUACUACCUUUUUCCUUUGCAAAUUCUAUAAUUCUAUUUAAUGAGUAAAUUUACCAAAGAACAUGUUGCAUGUUACUAUGUAUCACAAUCUCACUGCCAGUAAAAGAAAUGUUGCUUCACUGUUUCACCUGCUACAAGUAAGAUUUUGGUGCUGGUAUAAACAUUUGAUUUCCUGAUGUGUAUUUUACUCUAUAUAAGAGCCAUAUGUAAUGUACUGUAACAGAGGAGCUUCUUGUCCCUUGGUCUUUUAAUUAAAAGAAAUUUCAACUGACUUUUAAA